GGAGGACUAAUGGGUUUCUAAGGAAACAGAGAGGCAGCAGCCAUUUUAGUGGCAUUUGCCGUAUGAAAAAUAUAUAGAGUCUGACAUCCCCUCCCCACGCGCACCGCGGUGGCACCAGCUGCAGAGGCCCCGAGGUGAGGGUGGACGCGAGCCUGGCGGAGCGGGCACCUGCCGCAGGUGUAGCGGGGUCGCCGCUCCUGGCGGGCGGGCGGGGUGGCGGGGCUCCCACGCGGGCGCCGCAGUGCAGCGCGGGCCUCGCGCCCGGCCCGCCCCUCGGUCCCCGCCCCGCAGGCCGCGGGAGCCCGCCGGGAGGCGCGCGGGAGGUGGCCGCGGCCGGGGGCCACCGCGCGCUGCUGCCCAACAUGGUCGCUGCGCACGCUGCACACUCUGCGUCCUCCGCCGAGUGGAUCGCCUGCCUGGAUAAAAGGCCGUUGGAACGAUCUAGUGAAGAUGUGGACAUAAUUUUCACGCGACUGAAAGAAGUUAAAGCUUUUGAGAAAUUCCACCCAAACCUCCUUCAUCAGAUCUGUUUAUGCGGUUAUUAUGAGAGCCUGGAGAAAGGAAUAACACUAUUUCGCCAAGGUGAUAUUGGAACCAAUUGGUAUGCUGUCCUAGCUGGGUCUUUGGAUGUUAAAGUGUCUGAGACCAGCAGUCACCAGGAUGCGGUGACCAUCUGCACCCUGGGGAUCGGGACAGCCUUUGGAGAGUCCAUACUGGACAACACGCCCCGCCAUGCCACCAUUGUUACCAGGGAGAGCAGUGAGCUCCUCCGCAUUGAGCAGGAAGACUUCAAGGCACUAUGGGAGAAAUACCGACAGUAUAUGGCCGGACUUCUGGCUCCUCCCUAUGGCGUUAUGGAAACGGGCUCUAACAAUGACAGGAUUCCCGACAAGGAGAAUACACCUCUCAUUGAACCUCACGUUCCUCUCCGUCCUGCUAACACCAUUACCAAGGUCCCUUCAGAGAAGAUCCUCAGAGCUGGAAAAAUUUUACGAAUUGCCAUUCUCUCUCGAGCACCCCACAUGAUAAGAGACAGAAAAUAUCACCUAAAGACAUACAGACAAUGCUGUGUUGGGACUGAGCUGGUAGACUGGAUGAUACAGCAAACGUCCUGUGUUCAUUCCCGGACUCAAGCUGUUGGCAUGUGGCAAGUCUUGCUGGAAGACGGUGUCCUCAAUCACGUGGACCAGGAACGCCAUUUCCAAGACAAAUAUUUAUUUUAUCGAUUUCUGGAUGACGACCAUGAGGGUGCCCCUUUGCCUACUGAGGAAGAGAAGAAGGAGUGUGAUGAGGAACUCCAGGACACCAUGCUGCUGCUGUCACAGAUGGGCCCUGAUGCCCACAUGAGGAUGAUCCUGCGCAAACCACCUGGCCAGAGGACUGUGGAUGACCUAGAGAUUAUCUACGAUGAGCUCCUUCAUAUCAAAGCCUUGUCCCAUCUUUCUACUACAGUGAAACGGGAGUUAGCCGGUGUUCUCAUUUUUGAGUCUCAUGCUAAAGGAGGAACUGUGUUGUUUAACCAGGGGGAAGAAGGUACCUCCUGGUACAUUAUUCUAAAAGGAUCAGUGAAUGUAGUCAUUUAUGGCAAGGGUGUGGUCUGCACCCUGCACGAGGGAGAUGACUUUGGCAAGUUAGCUCUCGUGAAUGAUGCCCCACGAGCCGCCUCCAUUGUUCUUCGAGAAGAUAAUUGUCACUUCUUAAGAGUUGACAAGGAAGAUUUCAACCGGAUUCUGAGGGACGUUGAGGCGAAUACAGUCAGACUUAAAGAACAUGACCAAGAUGUCUUGGUGCUGGAGAAGGUCCCAGCGGGGAGCAGAGCUUCUAAUCAAGGAAACUCACAGCCUCAGCAAAAGUAUACUGUGAUGUCAGGAACACCUGAAAAAAUUUUAGAGCAUUUUUUAGAAACAAUACGCCUUGAGCCAUCUUUGAAUGAAGCAACAGAUGCGGUUUUAAACGACUUUGUUAUGAUGCACUGUGUUUUUAUGCCAAAUGCCCAGCUUUGCCCUGCCCUGGUGGCCCAUUACCAUGCACAGCCUUCUCAAGGUACAGAACAGGAAAGAAUGGACUAUGCCCUCAACAACAAGAGGCGGGUCGUCCGCUUAGUUCUGCAGUGGGCUGCAAUGUAUGGGGACCUCCUCCAAGAAGAUGAUGUGGCCAUGGCUUUCCUGGAGGAGUUCUAUGUGUCUGUGUCAGAUGACGCCCGCAUGAUGGCUGCCUUCAAGGACCAGCUGCCAGAACUGGAGAAGAUUGUCAAACAAAUCUCAGAAGAUGCCAAAGCUCCACAGAAGAAGCACAAGGUGCUUUUGCAACAGUUCAACACAGGUGACGAGAGGGCCCAGAAGCGCCAGCCGAUUCGUGGCUCUGAUGAGGUUUUGUUUAAGGUCUAUUGCAUGGAUCACACCUAUACCACCAUCCGGGUGCCCGUAGCUGCCUCAGUGAAGGAAGUCAUCAGUGCGGUGGCUGACAAACUCGGCUCAGGGGAAGGCUUGAUCAUAGUCAAGAUGAACUCUGGAGGAGAAAAGGUGGUGCUCAAACCUAAUGAUGUUUCAGUAUUUACGACGCUCACCAUUAAUGGACGCCUGUUUGCCUGCCCGCGAGAGCAAUUCGACUCACUGACUCCCUUGCCAGAGCAAGAAGGCCCAACCACUGGGACAGUGGGAACUUUUGAACUGAUGAGCUCGAAAGACUUGGCAUACCAGAUGACUACAUAUGACUGGGAACUCUUCAACUGUGUGCACGAGCUGGAGCUAAUCUACCACACAUUUGGAAGGCAUAAUUUUAAAAAGACCACGGCAAACUUGGAUUUGUUCCUGAGGAGAUUUAAUGAAAUUCAGUUUUGGGUUGUCACCGAGAUCUGCCUUUGUUCCCAGCUCAGCAAGCGUGUUCAGCUUUUGAAAAAGUUUAUCAAGAUAGCGGCUCACUGCAAGGAGUACAAAAAUCUAAAUUCCUUUUUUGCCAUCGUCAUGGGACUCAGUAACGUCGCUGUGAGCCGCUUGGCACUGACAUGGGAGAAACUGCCAAGCAAGUUUAAGAAGUUCUAUGCAGAGUUUGAAAGCUUAAUGGAUCCUUCCAGAAAUCACAGGGCCUACAGGCUGACAGCAGCUAAACUGGAUCCCCCCCUCAUCCCUUUCAUGCCCUUGCUUAUUAAAGAUAUGACAUUUACUCAUGAGGGGAACAAGACGUUCAUUGACAACCUAGUAAACUUUGAAAAAAUGCGCAUGAUUGCAAAUACUGCCAGAACAGUACGGUAUUGCAGGAGCCAGCCCUUCAAUCCCGAUGCCGCUCAAGCUAAUAAGAACCAUCAGGAUGUCCGGAGUUAUGUACGGCAAUUAAAUGUGAUUGACAACCAGAGAACUUUAUCACAGAUGUCACACAGAUUAGAGCCUCGCAGGCCAUAGAGUGAUGUUUUGUCUCCACUCCACAAUCUUUCACAAAAAAAAAAAAAAAAAAAAUGCCAAGUAUGUUACUACUGACUGUGUCGCCACUAGAGAUUCUCCAGAAUGAGCAGAGACACAUCCUGAAACAACCCCCACCCCCUCGGGACCACAUCCAGUUAUUCAACCAUACCACAAGAAAGGAAAUGAUUUGACUUGUAUAAUGCUGACAUGCUGUAGCUUAGGAAUCAUCUGUUAUAGCCACCUCCUUCAUUUCCAGCCAUGCCAUCAUCCGGCUCACAUGAAGAAAUAACAUUGGUGAGGGCUUCAUCAUGCCCCUGACAUCCCUUUCCAGGCUGUUUGCAGGAUGAGACUGUGCCAUGGGUUUGACUUAGAUACAUUGGUGAUGACAUAAUUGGAUGUUUUUUUUCCUUUAUUUAGCACCAUGAUUUGGGGCAUGGGGACUGGGGUGGGUGUGGAGGAAACCAUAAAAGUCCAAAUUAUUAGUUGUAUUCCUCCAUCUUCAUAGUCUUACCUCUGAACGAAUAGAACCUCAUCACAAUACUAUGAAACAUUAUGGCUAUUUGGUCUGUAAUUUCUGAAUGAUCUAUAGAAUAAUAUGUUUACAUUGUAACUUUAAAAAAUUUACAAAUCAGGAUUACACAUGUAAGAAUUCAACUAAGAAACACUAAGAUUCUUAAUAUUGCCAGCAUUAAGAUAGAAAAUAACAUUUCAGAAGAGCACAAUAUGCACAAAAAAUUUUUCAAAAUUGAAAUAUUUUCCUGGGCAUUAAAAACCUUUCCUCUACAAAUUUAUUGAUACUGAUUAAAAAAAAAACACAUAUUUUCUGGACUUAAAUGUUAUUACAAAAAUCUUAAUUUUCAGCAGUUAUUUUGCACUUUCAGAUAGAUUGUAAAUAGGUCAUGUGAUCAAUGGUAUAGAGUUAUUUAUUUGCUACAUUAUAGACAUUGUGCCAAAUAUUCCUUUUUUAUUUAUUUUAUUUGGUAUGAAAUUUUGGAGUACAUUUUUUUCCUUUUUCACAAUUAGACUACAUCUAAUGUGUAGGAAUUGUAUAUACAUAUCUCUUCUGUAAAUAACAGCCAGUAUCUUCAUUAAAUAUACUUGACAAGAAA